AUGUCUAUUGUGUCAAUCUCUGAUGGUGUAGGCUCUAAAAUCAGUGAAAAGGAUCUACAGGCCUUCGCAGCCCAGCUCCAUGUUGACUAUAUGGACGACAAAGAUGCGCAGGAUUACCUCACUCUGCUGAGGUCGCUUGAGACAGUUCUCAGAAGCAUUGACGAUGCGCCCGAUUAUAUUGCACCAGAUUUACUUCCUCGUGAGACGCUGGAACGUCGCAAGUUUUGGACGCCAACACCGGAAGACAAUCCUUUCAACGGUUGGAGUUACCAAUGUGAUCUACGAUCUGUGACUCCAGCGGGUAAUCUACUGACUGGACGUACUGUUGCCGUGAAGGACAAUAUAUCUGUCGGAGGGCUGCCGACAACGCUUGGAGUGCCCCAGUCACUGUUCCCUCAGGCCGACGGGUACCCCAUCUCCCCUAUCGACGCCGUUGUGGUGUCGCGGAUUCUUGGGGCUGGUGGCAUCAUCAAAGGAACAUCUACUUGCGAGAGCUUUUGUGCCUCUCCCUUGUCCUUCACCUCGGCGACUGGCCCGGUUCAUAAUCCACGCUUGCGAAAUUACACGGCUGGUGGAAGCAGCAGCGGAUCCGCAGUUCUUGUUGCAGCCCAUCGCCUGGCAUCAGCAGGGAGCGGCUCAUCAUGGGGAAGAACGGUAGAGUUGGCUAUUGGCACUGACCAGGCUGGAUCGGUGCGAAUCCCGGCCUCGUACAAUGGCAUUUACGGGUUAAAGCCUACAUUCGGUCUAGUUCCCUACACCGGCGCAGGGUCCAUGUCGCCCAUGAUUGACCACCUAGGCCCGCUAGCGGCUGAACUUGAAGAUGUUGCUACGCUGUUGGAGGUCAUGGCAGGCUACGAUGGCUACGACCCUCGUAUGUCCCCUGAGACCCCUUUGAUACGUCAUGUGAAGCCCUAUUCAAAACUAUUACGCCAGGCCAGGCAAGGAAUCCAGUCUACAUCACAACCUGGUCACAAGCUAAGGGUAGGAUUGCUGAAGGAAUCUUUCUGCAUGCCUGGGGUUGCUGCCGAUGUGCGAGACAUAGUCUUCCAGGCAGCAACCCGAUACUUUGAAGCUGUCGGAGCCUCUGUCAUUGAGGUGUCUAUUCCAAUGCACCAGCAAGGCCCAGUAAUCUGGACAGCGGCAACACGACCAUCCAUGUCUAAUUACCUGUGCCAAGGAAAUCCUUCUGGCCACCUUUCUUUCCUGCCGCCGCAUACUCAGAUCAAAUGGCCUCCAUCCCAGGCGACGUACGACAAGUUAACAUGUAAUAACCCAGCUGUAGUAAACAUCAUGCUGAGCGAAAGAUUCGCCAGGGAAUCAUCCAAAGCAGGGUUGGAGGCCAAGGCUCAUCGCAUGGUCUUUGCGCUCAGAGCUGCGUACGAUUCUGCUCUUGAGCAUGUUGAUAUCCUCGUCACACCCUGUGCGCCGACAGUCGCAAUGCCUCACCCAGAUCCAAACGGUCUCGACGGGAGAAGAACCUCUAUCCUAGAUAGACUCGGUGUCGCCAUUGGCUUGACCAGCAAUACUUGCCCCUUUAAUGUCACUGGCCAUCCCGGGUUGAAUGUGCCAUGUGGCUUCUCCACAGUCAAAGACCAUCCAGAUGCCCCGCUACCCGUAGGUAUGCAGAUUGUUGCAAGUCGUUGGGCUGACGAACAGCUUAUCGAGGCUGCGGCUUUAUUUGAACGGGGGCGCGAGAUAUAUCAGAGAACAGCAGAGGUCUCACAAAAUUGA